AUGAUUUUCUCACCUUCGCAAGAAACCAAUACUUCACUGACUCCGCCAAUUGACACGACCAGUCACCGUCGUAAAAGCUCUGUUACAUUUGAUCUCCCACCGACAGAGAAUAACAUUGAAGAAGAGCUUUUAUCACCUUGCACGGUAGUAUCACCUACUAUUGAUAUUACAGCACAAAUUGUUCCAGAUUCGAUGCUGGUUGCGUUGUUUGACCGACCCAGUGAAAUGAAGGGAUUAGUACGUCAUAAUAAGGCAUUCUUUACAUCACUACAACAACAUUUGGAUUCUAAAUGGCCACGUUUUGAAAAUACACUCUAUUGCGAUCGAAACAAAAUAAGCGAUAAAGAAUGGAUGAAACGUAUUUCAAAAGCCUUGCAUGCAGUACCAUCAUUAUUAGAAAAAUUUAAAGAAUUGGUUGGUUAUUUGGGCCCAGAAGAAAAAGAAGAAAAAGAAGAUUAUUUCUCUAAUGUGGACAUAUCAUUGAUCCGAAAUUAUCCAGAUCGUUUAUCAAAAGAAGCGUAUCCUCAGUUCUUUAUAAACUGCAAAGAGUCAAUUCAAGGAGACAAGGAAUUUGAUGACUUUGUAAAGACUUUGUUAAACUCAAACAAGGAUGAAAUUUCGGAUAAAGUUUGGGAAGCCAAGGUCUAUCAAGUAUUUAAUCAACAUCCAAACUUAUUAGAGCAACUCCAGGAGAUAGUUGCAUAUGAAAUGGAAGUAUAA